AAAUAUAAAUGUUAAUUAAUAAAUUAUAUAGAAUAUUUUUAGAUACAUCAUGUUUCUAUUUUGCUAAAUUUGUCUUACCUCGUCUAUACUCUUAUUACAAAAUAUACGUUGUAGACAAUCUCGCGAGAAACCGUGCAACUUCACUUUACUUCUAAUUAUACUUCACUGUACUGGGUUUAAUUAUUACUAGACAAUUACCAGCGCGUCUAAAGGUGUUUAUAAAUACGCGGCAGCAUUGUGUUCGAUGUAUAUGAUUAAUUAAGUGGUUUUUGUCUUCCUACACGAUGGGAAAUGCUGUCAAAGGCAAGGUAUUAAGUGUUUAUAAAAAUUGCCCCUCUAUUAAUUUUCCUGGUAGUAACUUAUAGUAAAUGUGAAAACGGAAAUCCUUAGAAAUUUUAGUUUAUUGUAGAACUUUCUUUUUCUGAAAUCUCUUUGAUAAAACAAUGUUAAUGCAAGUAACAAUUCAAAUAAAGUAAUAAUUCAAGCAGUAUUCUAUAAAGAUUUUGAUAUUUCCGAAAGUAAUAUUCCGCGAAUAUGAAUACAGUAUCAAUGCAUACAAUUUACUAAAGUAUUAAAACAUUAACUGCUUAAAUUAUUAAUAUGUAAAUUUUGCAAUAUAUAUAUUAAACUAAAGUUCUAUUAUAUAUAUAUAUAUAUAUUUCUAUCAUAUACCUAAUGCAACCACUUGACUGAAUAGUUAUGACUUCUAAUGAAAUUAUAAUAAACAAUAUUAAUAUAAUGUCGAGGUUUUUUAAUGUCUUGUACAUAUUGAAAUCCCUCGAGAAUCAAUACACUUUGCUUCGAGGGUAGACUAUAACAUUGCUUAUAUCAUAUGUACCGCAUGUACAAUUAUUUGGCGCCUCACGAUAGUGUUAUUACAGCGUCUACUCGCUGGCAAAUUGUCUUGGCGAUAUUGCGAAGAUAAUUACAGUUUAUAUUAUGCUAGCUUGAAUUUCCAUUGUGUCUUCGACAUGGAGGGAAAGAUAACACUGGAUAGAGUAAUUGCCUUUCUAAGGGUAUACUUGACAUUUGCUUGCUGUUGGCCUCUUCCACCGAAUGCAACGAAGCUUCAAAGACUUGUUCGCAGUGCUUUCCAGUGUUUCUGCCUUACGAACUCAAUAGUGUUUGCCAUUGCAGCGAUAUGGACACUUUGCAAGCACAGUGACGAUGUACUUCUGGUAAUAAAAUUAGGAUGCCAAUUAAGCGCCAUCGUGCAAAUUCCAUUGCAAAUGAUACUCUUUGCGAUGCAAAACAAACGUUUGCAGUUUAUUGUUUUGGAAAUGGAGAGUUACUAUCAACAAGCGCAAGAAUAUGAAAAAAAAAUUUUUCAACUAUAUAUUGACAAAUGUAAACCAUUUUAUGGUAGCAUUCUUUGUUGGUUGGCGAUGACAGGCAUCAGUGUUAUAAUUACACCUUUAUUUUCGUCACAAUCCUUUCCGAGUGAAACGGAGUAUCCAAUUAACAUGCACUCUCAACCAUUAAAAAUUAUCAUUUAUGCACAUCAUGUAUUAAUCGCUUAUCAAAGUGUAAUACAAGUUAGCACCAAUACUUUUCCUGCUCUUCUACUUUGGUUUGUAGCCGCCAGAUUCGACAUUCUGUCCAUUCGAUUUCGUACAAUGAAGAAUAUGAAAGAACUGACAAAAUAUACGCAUGAACAUAGGCUAUUACUUGGAUAUGCAAAAGAAGUGACGCGUGCAAUUCGUUACGUAGCAUUAUUAUGUGUGACUUUUAGUACUGGCGCGGUAAUAUUUGGUUAUCUUACUUUUAUGAGUCGCGAUAUACCAUGGACGGUGAAAUCAACAUUUCUUAUGAUAGCUUUUUGUGGCUUUGUGGAACUCUAUAUGUAUGCCUGGCCAGCUGACAACGUUAUGAGCACGAGUAGUGGCAUAGCGUCUGCGGUCUACGAAUCAUUAUGGUAUAAUGAUGAUCUAACUAGAACGCGAAAAAUUUUGAUACAUAUUAUAUUAAGAAGUCAACGUCCAGUCACCGUUUCAAUUCCAUGCGCAUUACCAAAUUUGUCCAUGAAUUAUUAUGCAUCAUAUAUCUCGACAGUUUUUUCAUACAUGGCAUUUGUACGGGCACAUAUCGUAAUGGGUCAAGAAUAAAGAAGGAAUCAGAUUUAAGGUGAAAAUUAAAUAUAUAUUUUUUGAAAUAUCUGUGCUAUGUAGAAUUGUACUAGCAUAAUAUUAAUAUGUAUUUGUAUUUAUAUAAAAAGUCAAAAGCUAUUUAUAUAGAGAGAUCUUAUUGCAUUUAUAUAUAAACAAUUAAAUUAUUAAUAGAAUUGUAUAUGAUAAUAAUCUAUAAACAAAAAUUAUUAAUUUUAUUUCUUUUUUCAAAUAAUUUAUAUAUUCUAAUUUAUAUGUUUCGAGCAAAUUAAAACUCAUUUGAUACAAACAUAAACACAUUUUAAUUUAUUGCAACUUCUAAAUUAAUUUGUCAAUAAAAUAAUUAAGCAAUGUAAUUUGACAUAAGAAAAAGGAUACGAUUGAUAAUUAAGUUUCUUUCUUCCUUUUAUACAGCUUAUUGUACAG